CUCCGUCCCCAUGCCCCGUAAUUCGCGCCUUGCUGCUGACACAGAGCGCCACCGUUUCCGGAUGGCGAUAUCAUCUGUAACGCAGCGCUUCCACGAAGCGCUCGAAGCGUUCCCGUCCCCCCUUCCUCGGAGCAACCAUUCUGGCUUUACUCACUCAAAGCCGGGAAACGGUCCCGGCGUCCCUUAUGAAGUGACCGAGCCGGUAUCGCCCACUUGCAGGUCGGGAGCACUCAUUUACGCGAGGCGUAAGAGAGGGCUGCCAGUCGACAUCCACAAGGUCACAGAGUUGGAGUACGAGUGCUUAAAGGCAGCGACGAGGAGAUUCCACCCAUCUCGACAGCUUGGGAAGAAGGGCGGCUUCGGCGCCGUCUACCAGGGCACACUAAGGGGCGAGGACGGAACACUAACGCAGAUCGCUGUAAAGGUAGCCGUGAACGUCGACAGGAAUUGCAAAGUGAUCUGGAAGAAAGAAAAGCAAUUCCUCGCAGAGGUGAGUACACUCAGUCGGUUACAUCACGCUCAUGUUUGUGGCUUGAUUGGAUACUGCCGCCAAAAUACAAAGUACAUGUUGGUUUACCCGUACAUGGCUGGCGGGAGCUUGUACGAUCGACUGCAUUCCCCGCUAGAAGGAGCAAGAGGAGUAAUCGGAGGAGGUUCAACAACUGAAGUAACGGGAGAUGCAUCCGGAGAAGGGGCAGAGUACGAGUCGGUAGUGUCAGCAAGUGCCAUCUUAGCAGUUGAAGAAGGAAGAAGCGGAGAUGGAGGAGCAGGAGGGUCACGACCAGAGAUAGAGCAGCUGAGUGGAACCCAAGAACCCGAUGCGAACGGGGGGCAAAGAGGAACGGAAGGAGGAGGAGGCGGAGGAGGCGGAGGAGGAGGAGGAGGAAGGGGAGGAGGAGAAGAAAGAAGCGGUCGAUACCCAGGAGGAGAAGUCGAUCAUAAGCCCAACCGUCUCUCCCUGGUAGAGCGUUUUGUUGUUGCCCAACAGAUCGUCAAAGCUCUUCGUUACAUUCAUUACGAGGUUGAGCCACCAAUUAUUCAUCGUGAUGUCAAAACUUUAAAUGUGUUGUUGGGAACAGGACAGGGUACGCAGUUGAAGGCGUACCUCGCGGAUUUCGGUUUGGCCAAAUCUAUGGUGGAGGAGAUGCCUAGAACCGAUAGCAUGACAGUCGCUCGUUAUAGGUGUUGGGGAACCCCUGGUGACGCUGCUCCGGAAUACUCGGAACAUGGAAAGUUGGUAAGGAGAAGUGACAUGUACUCUUUUGGAGUUGUCCUAUUGGAAUUACUUACUGGCAAAAAGGCGGUCCUUCCAGGCACGCUAACGCGCGAAACCGUAACCCUGGUCGAGCAGCAGAGAGASCACUUGGCAAAGACUGGUACCGUCAAUCUGGAGGAGGUCGUCGAUCCUACGGUUUUGGACGAAAUCGAGUCUGAUCCGAUGAGGAUGAUGGCCAGAGAGAUGCUAGAUGUGGCUGCUCGGUGUCUCAUUCGGAAUGAGAAGCUGAGGCCGAACAGCAAGGAGGUAGCUUUAAGGAUGGAGGAGAUAAUGAAGAUGGGUGGAAUAACUGUUGAAGGAGUCACGGACUGCAGACCGGCAGAAGCUGACAAAUCAGUUGAAAGAGGCUGAUUUUAGUCUCAUGUCUCAUGGAGUGGA